GACUCUUGAGAAUCCCUUGGACUGCAAGGAGAUCCAACCAGUCCAUCCUAAAGAAGAUCAGUCCUGGGUGUUCAUUGGAAGGACUGAUGUUGAGGCUGAAACUCCAGUACUUUGGCCACCUACUGUGAAGAACCAAAGUUCAAGCCUUUGUCUCCCUCACUGAACAGAUUCUUUACUGUCUGAGGCACCAGGGAAACCCAUACAUUACAGUAGAUAAACCGAAGAGAGAAGAGGUACUCCUUUAUAGGGACUCGUAAAGGCAUAGAGCAUCUAGAGAUUUACUGCCUCCAUUACGCUGCUGGGUCUCACAGCACAUGUUAUGUUUUUAUCAGUUUCUCUCCACAAGAGGUUGGAAACCCAAGUGCCUACAGAGGCCAGGCUGGUGGGAAUGAAGCAGGAAGCCACUGCAGUGAACUGGAGAGCCGAGUCCUGUCUGAAGGAGCAGCCGCUGAUCUGUUCCAGAUAAUUGUUGCAAAGCAGGAAUGCUGACCUAGUGUUACCACAUUGUCCAGUUUCCCAGGCUACCUUAUUGGAAUUUUGAAGACAUGAAAACAUCAGAUGAACCAACCUGCAACAUCUUGGAUUCAGAGUGGAAGAUGAAGAGAAACUUUAAAGAAUGUGGCCUAUAAAGGCGGGUAGUACCUGGAAAUAUUAACUGACUCACACUGUAAAAAUGAGACCAGUUUCUAAACAAUAGAGGUUCUUUUAGUCCACCAUGAAGGUUCAAGACAAAAUGUUGAACUAAAAACUUACACUCCUCCCCUCUCCCACUUCAGACAGGUACCAGCAUUACUGAAUAUGAUUUUCUUUAGUCAGAAGCACUUGUUUUUACCCAUGUAGACCAUCCUUAGGAAUUAAAUAUUGGUUAUUUAAUGUAGGUUAUAAUGGGAAACUGAUUUUUUCUACAGUGGCAGAUUUCAAGGACUUGGUUCCAAACUGAGCCGAAGCUUCCCAAUGCGUUUUGUACAGUCUGGGGAAAACUGUGCUGCGUUGGCCAUUUUUGAAGGCCACGAUGCCCUGUAAUACAAGGACAUCAUCUUAUUGCUGAUAUCUUUGGGGAGUCCUAAGCAGACACAGAAAAUGAAUGGAGGCAAGGAGUGUGACGGAGGGGACAAGGAUGGAGGUCUUCCAGCUAUACAAGUUCCUGUGGGUUGGCAGCGUCGUGUGGAUCAAAAUGGAGUGCUUUACGUCAGGAUAAAGAAAAAGAUGAAGAUUUCUAAAAGAAACCCAUGAGCGUCAUUACCACAUUCGCAGGAGAAUGUAAAAUACUGAAAAUAGACCAGAUGUCUCCUGACAAUAUUAUUGUCCUUCAUAGUGCUUCUGCUGGCUACUCUGAUUCCCAGUGGGUCUUUGUUAUCUUGCUUGGAGCAGGUUAAAACAUACCUGCUUACUGACGGAACAUGCAAGUGUGGCUUGGAAUGUCCUCUUAUUCUUCCCAAGGUGUUUAAUUUUGAUCCUGGAGCUGCUGUGAAACAAAGAACUGCAGAAGAUGUUAAAGCAGAUGAAGAUGUCACAAAGCUAUGCAUACAUAAAAGAAAAAUCAUUGCAGUGGCCACACUUCAUAAAAGCAUGGAAACCCCACACCCUUCUCUGGUGCUCACCAGUCCCGGAGGAGGAACAAAUGCAACUCCAGUAGUACCUUCACGGGCAGCAACUCCAAGAUCUAUAAGAAAUAAGUCGCAUGAAGGAAUUACAAAUUCUGUAAUGCCUGAAUGUAAGAAUCCUUUCAAGUUAAUGAUUGGAUCAUCAAACGCCAUGGGAAGGCUAUAUGUACAAGAACUGCCUGGAAGCCAGCAACAAGAACUCCACCCUGUCUACCCCCGGCAGAGAUUGGGCAGCAAUGAGCAUGGACAGAAGUCUCCAUUCCGUGGCAGCCAUGGAGGUCUGCCCAGCCCCGCAUCGUCAGGUUCCCAGAUAUAUGGAGACGGCUCGAUCUCGCCAAGGACUGACCCACUUGGAAGCCCUGAUGUCUUCACAAGAAAUAAUCCUGGUUUUCACGGAGCUCCCAAUUCUAGUCCUAUUCACCUGAAUAGGACUCCUCUUUCUCCACCUUCAGUAAUGCUACAUGGUUCUCCUGUACAGUCAUCCUGUGCAAUGGCUGGAAGGACUAAUAUACCUCUUUCCCCAACCUUGACUACAAAGAGUCCAGUAAUGAAAAAACCAAUGUGUAAUUUUUCAACUAAUAUGGAAAUACCACGAGCAAUGUUCCACCACAAACCACCCCAAGGCCCACCUCCCCCUCCUCCACCUUCUUGUGCUCUUCAGAAAAAGCCAUUAACAUCUGAGAAAGAUCCACUUGGCAUUCUUGACCCUAUUCCUAGUAAACCGGUGAAUCAGAACCCUGUUAUCAUUAAUCCAACUAGUUUCCAUUCAAAUGUCCACUCUCAGGUACCUGUGAUGAAUGUAAGCAUGCCUCCUGCUGUUGUUCCUUUGCCAAGUAAUCUCCCUUUGCCAACCGUAAAACCUGGUCAUAUGAAUCAUGGGAGUCAUGUACAAAGAGUUCAGCAUUCAGCUUCAACCUCCCUGUCCCCUUCUCCAGUGACAUCCCCAGUGCACAUGAUGGGGACUGGAAUUGGAAGGAUUGAGGCAUCGCCCCAAAGAUCACGCUCAUCUUCCACAUCAUCAGAACACGGAAAUUUCAUGAUGCCACCUCUAGGACCCCAGGCCAAUUGCAGUGGUAUUAAGGUUCCACCCAGGUCACCAAGGUCAACAAUAGGGUCCCCAAGGCCAUCAAUGCCAUCAAGCCCUUCUACCAAGUCCGAUGGACAUCAUCAGUUCAAGGAUAUCCCUAACCCAUUAAUUGCUGGAAUGAGUAAUGUACUAAAUCCCCCAAGCAGUGCAGCUUUUCCUACUGCAUCUGCCGGAAGUGGUUCUGUAAAGAGUCAGCCUGGUUUGCUGGGAAUGCCUUUAAAUCAGAUCUUGAACCAGCACAAUGCUGCCUCCUUUCCAGCAAGUAGUUUACUCUCAGCAGCAGCCAAAGCACAGCUAGCAAAUCAAAACAAACUUGCUGGUAACAACAGUAGCAGCAGUAGCAAUUCUGGAGCUGUUGCUGGCAGUGGCAACACUGAAGGACAUAGCACUUUAAACACCAUGUUCCCUCCUACUGCCAACAUGCUUCUCCCGUCAGGUGAAGGGCAAAGUGGUCGAGCAGCACUAAGAGAUAAGCUGAUGUCUCAGCAAAAAGACUCAUUGCGGAAAAGAAAACAGCCACCUACCACAGUGUUGAGUUUGCUCAGACAGUCUCAAAUGGAUAGUUCUGCAGUUCCUAAACCUGGACCCGACUUGCUAAGGAAGCAGGGUCAGGGGUCGUUUCCCAUCAGUUCAAUGUCUCAGUUACUACAGUCUAUGAGUUGUCAAAGCUCUCACUUGAGUAGCAAUAGUACUCCGGGUUGUGGGGGCUCAAAUACUGCUUUGCCUUGCUCUGCUAACCAGCUGCAUUUCACAGAUCCCAGUAUGAACUCCAGUGCUCUUCAGAAUUCACUGACGCAGAGCAUGCCUUUAAGAGGGGAAGCCGUGCACUGCCACAAUGCAAACACUAACUUUGUUCACAGUAACAGCCCAGUCCCAAACCACCACCUUACAGGCUUAAUCAAUCAGAUUCAGGCUAGCGGGAGCUGUGGGAUGCUCAGUCAGUCGGGCAUGGCUUUAGGAAACUCAUUACAUCCCAAUCCACCUCAGUCAAGAAUUGCAACGUCCUCCACUCCAGUGAUACCAAACAGCAUUGUUAGCAGCUAUAAUCAAACAAGUUCUGAAGCAGGCGGUUCAGGACCAUCCUCCUCCAUAGCCAUAGCUGGCAUCAACCACCCUGCCAUCACAAAGACAACAUCUGUUCUUCAAGACGGCGUCAUAGUCACCACCGCAGCUGGAAACCCACUGCAGAGUCAGCUGCCCAUUGGGAGUGAUUUUCCUUUUGUUGGCCAGGAGCACGCACUUCAUUUUCCAUCCAACAGCACUUCAAACAACCAUCUUCCACACCCCUUGAACCCCAGCCUCCUCAGUUCUCUACCUAUCUCUUUGCCAGUGAAUCAACAGCAUCUCCUAAACCAGAAUCUAUUAAAUAUCCUCCAGCCUUCAGCAGGAGAAGGCAAGUCUGAGAUCAACCUCCACCCUUUAGGUUUUCUCAACCCGAAUGUAAACGCUGCUUUAGCUUUUCUCUCCGGUGACAUGGAUGGGCAGGUAUUACAGCCUGUUCACUUUCAACUCUUAGCAGCCCUGCUUCAGAACCAAGCCCACGCAGCUGCCAUGCUUCCCCUGCCAUCUUUCAAUCUGGCCAUCUCAGAUCUUUUGCAACAGCAAAAUACCCCCUUACCCUCAUUAACACAGAUGACAGCCCCACCAGACCAUUUGCCAAGCAAUCAGUCAGAGAACAGCCGAGCUGAGACCCUUUUAACCAACCCCCUGGGGAACCCUUUACCAAGCUUUACAGGCAGUGACACUACUUUUAACCCCCUCUUCCUCCCAGCUGUCACUGGGGCCUCAGGAUUAAUGGCCUUGAAUCCCCAGCUGUUGGGAGGUGUCCUGAACUCGGCAUCGGCCAACACCGCUAAUCAUCCAGAGGUUUCCAUAGCAACUUCUUCCCAGGCAACCACUACCACAACCACUACAUCAUCAGCAGUGGCAGCACUGACUGUCUCAACACUUGGUGGGACAGCAGUGGUGUCAAUGGCAGAAACAUUGCUGAAUAUAUCUAAUAAUGCUGGGAAUACACCUGGUCCAGCUAAACUCAACAGUAACUCUGUGGUGCCACAGCUACUUAACCCUCUACUGGGGACAGGUCUGCUUGGUGACAUGUCCUCAAUAAACAGUACUUUGAAUAACCAUCAACUGACUCACCUACAGUCGCUGUUAAACAACAAUCAGAUGUUUCCUCCAAAUCAGCAGCAGCAGCAGCUUCUUCAGGGGUACCAGAAUCUCCAGGCAUUUCAAGGACAGUCCACAAUUCCUUGCCCAGCUAACAAUAACCCCAUGGCUUGUCUCUUUCAGAACUUCCAGGUGAGAAUGCAGGAAGAUGCAGCUCUCCUAAACAAAAGAAUAAGCACUCAGCCGGGCCUCACAGCACUUCCCGAAAAUCCAAACACUACACUUCCACCUUUCCAGGACACCUCUUGUGAGUUGCAAUCGCGGAUUGACCCAUCUCUAGGUCAGCAGGUGAAGGAUGGCCUCAUUGUGGGGGGCCAAGGCGAUGCUUCUGUAGAUGCUAUUUACAAAGCAGUCGUGGAUGCAGCCGGCAAAGGAAUGCAGGUUGUCAUCACGACUGCUGUCAACAGUACAACUCAGAUCAGCCCCAUUCCGGCUCUGAGUGCCAUGAGUGCCUUCACUGCUUCCAUUGGUGACCCAUUAAGUCUCCCCAGUGCGGUGAGUGCAGUCAUUCAUGGACGAAACAUGGGCAGUGUGGAUCAUGAUGGGCGGCUGAGGAGUGCAAGAGGGGCUCGGCUCCCCAGCAGUUUGGACCACGGGAAGAACUCCAGUGAAGGAGAUGGCUUUGAAUAUUUCAAGUCAGCAAGUUGCCACACAUCUAAAAAACAGUGGGAUGGGGAGCAAAGCCCUGGAGGGGAGCGAAACAGGUGGAAGUGUGAGGAAUUUUUAGAUCAUCCAGGCCACAUCCACAAUAGUCCUUGUCACGAAAGGCCCAACAAUGUCUCUACACUGCCAUUUCUGCCUGGGGAACAGCACCCGAUACUGUUACCACCAAGAAACUGUCAAGGGGAUAAAAUUUUGGAGGAGAAUUUCAGGUAUAAUAACUACAAAAGAACUAUGAUGAGUUUUAAGGAGAGACUAGAGAACACUGUGGAAAGAUGCGCACACAUUAACGGGAACAGAUCUCGGCAGAGUCGGGGCUUUGGAGAGCUGCUGAGCACCGCAAAGCAAGACCUUGUCCUAGAGGAGCAAUCUCCGAGCUCCUCCAAUAGUUUGGAGAGUUCUCUGGUCAAAGACUACAUCCAUUACAAUGGAGACUUUAAUGCCAAAAGCAUUAACGGGUGUGUACCUAGCCCUUCAGACGCUAAAAGCAUUAGUAGUGAAGAUGACCUAAGGAACCCAGACUCCCCCUCUUCAAAUGAAUUGAUCCCUUAUAGGCCAAGGACGUUCAACGUUGGCGACUUGGUCUGGGGCCAAAUCAAAGGACUGACUUCCUGGCCUGGAAAAUUAGUCAGAGAAGACGACGUUCACAGUUCUUGUCAACAAAGCCCCGAGGAAGGGAAGGUCUGGGUAAUGUGGUCUGGUCUUCAUGCCUUCACUCAGGUGGAGCCCGAGAAGUUGAAGACACUAACGGAAGGUUUAGAAGCCUACAGCCGAGCCCGGAAAAGGAACAGAAAAAGUGGAAAGCUAAAUAACCAUUUAGAAGCUGCUAUUCAUGAGGCCAUGAGUGAACUGGACAAAAUGUCUGGGACUGUUCACCAAAUCCCACAGGGAGACAGACAGAUGAGACCCCCCAAACCCAAGAGGAGGAAGAUCUCCAGAUAACAGGGACUACUCCACCAAUGCGCAGUGUUUAUUAAAGGAAUGUGCACAGAUAUGUCUGUAGAUAAGUAUUGAUAUAGCCACUGUUAUAUCAAUAUUUAUUCUAUGGCAGAUAGUUACCACCACCAUAGGGUGCUAAAAGAAACAGUGAUACAAUAUUUUUUGAUCAGGAAGGAUAAAGAAUGCUGGAAAACCAAUCAGAAUCCCCGAAUGAUGAGAGUGGUAAAUGGUCAAGAGAUUACUGAGAAACUCUUUUUCUAUAAUACUAAAAUUGUGAUUAUAAGAAAUAGUCCAAAUGUUUCUGAAGAAUUUUCAAUGUUGUAUAUAGAAAAUACAGAAUUUCAUGGUGACAUCAGAAAUGUAAAUAUUGUACAAUAUUGUCAUGUACAAGCGUACCUAAUGCACACUUUAUCUUUUAUUGUACAAAGAAAUAGUGUACAAAAUUCUUUGGUUUCUAUGGAGUACACCUACCAGAGACUACAAGUGUAAAGUGAUAAAUAAAAAUACAACCUAAAUGCUUUUCUAUGAUAAUGUAAAAGAUGCUGUUUUUGUAUUUAACAGCAGAGAAAAGGCAUGAUGAUGUAUUACCUGAAUUAUGACAUACACUGCACACCACCGAGUGUCCAUUUAUAUUGUCUGUUUGGAAUGAACCUUGCCUGGAAGCACUGGACUUGAUUUUGGGUGUCUAGGAAAUUGAAACCUUGCAGAUUUCUAAAGGGACGAGGGCUCACAGAUCUAAAUUAAGAAUUCAGAAACUGCAACCAUUUGUUGCAUAUUUUUUUUACCUAAGUUUUAAAGUAGAAUAGGUUUUAUAAAAAAAUCUUAGAUGGGAUAUUUUACUCAGUCAUUUCUGUAGUUAACAUUUGAUAGCCACCUGUUGAACUAGAAAACUUACGCUGCACCACCAUUGAUGCUCAGAGUUGAGGUUUUUUUGCAAACAGUACCUGACAAGAUAACACUUUCUGUUUCCAUACCUGGAGGCAAACCCCCAUUUUGAAACAUUUAUCAGAGGUAAGGUUGAUUAUAAUUCAGUUUUUCUGUAGUAGCAAAAAUAAAUGCAAAUAAUCAAACCAAGUUUCAUAUCCAUUCAUCAGUAUUACUUAUACCAGAAGUUAAGGUGGCUUACAAAAUUAUUAGCAAUGGUAAUUUUUUAUCAGUAUUAUGUAACAUAUCAGAUUUAUUUUAUUUAAAGAAUUAUUUAUACCAUUAACAGAUUCUUAUAUAUAUUAAUGUGGCUGAAAUGUGCAGGUUGAAUCUAUUAACCAAAUUAUUUAUAUUAUAUUAAGUAAGUAAAAAAAUGUGAAACAAAUGUAGAGAGAAAAUACUACAUUGCAAGUAUACAAAACCUAAAACUGUGAGCCAUUGUAAAGUACAAGGUUAUUAAUAAGAAAUGUAGCACAACAUAAUUUUCCGUCUUUUUUUCACAUUUUCUUCUUCUUCUUCUUCUUUUUUUUUUUUUUUUGUGGUGGCGGUGUAACCCUAUCUCCCAGGCGAUGGAGCCAAGUUUCAGGACUGCCCCCCGCCCCCGCCUGAAAUUGAUUGGGUUGGAUUCUAUUGACGGAUUGUCAAAGGAAGUGAUUCCUUAUCCUUUUGCUCUGGUGUAGAACCACCAGCCCCAACUCCAAACCCUUAACCCCCUGGAGAGGACUGCCUCUUCCCCAAGCUUGGGGCUCCAGCCACUGGGAGGCCCUCCAGUGGCAGACUCUGAACCCCUGAUGUCCACCACCUCCCUCUCCUCUUCUCUCGUCCACCCCUGCAGCUCCUCCAUCCCAUGAUGUAGCAGAGUUCCAGUCACUCAGGAAAAAGGAGACCAAGGUCAUUCCUCCAUUUGAUUUCUCGGGGCCACAGCACAGAGCACUCCACAGGGCUCACUUUUGGUAUCAGUAGCUCUUAGUUCUUCCCCAGGUCUCCUGUGUCUCUCUGUCCUUUCCAUUUCCACCCUCACUCCUACCUCCCAAGCCUGACAGAAUGCAACUGGCUACACUGGGCUUCAUGGCCCGGAGGCAGGAACCCUUCCUUCUAGGGGUAGGUUGAGUUGUCUUUGAUGUAAUAGUGGGAUUGCCUGCCUGGUCUUUCCCACAGUCCCCUGAAGUCAUCUUCUGUGUAUUUUAGUUGACAUAUUUUUGUUAUAAGUUGAUGUGUUUGGUAUGUUUAAACCAUUAAUGUCUCCUUUUUUUUUUGCACCAACCUGCUUUUUUCUUGGUUUGUCUACAGAGGUGUUUUUAUUUACAGAUUCACAGCAUAUGUGUGUGUGUGUUGGGUAUGUCUAUGUAUAUGUGGAUGUUCGUGUGUGUUGACAUGUGGAAGUUUUUUCUCUUCAGACUAAGUUUGUGUCUACCAAGCCUUCUUUUGGGUAUUUUUGAGCUAAUUAGGUUUGUGCUUUCCCCCACCCAUGUAUACUUUACAUCAGUAGACCAUGUAAAGUAUGUCUGUGCCCAUGAUUUCACUGGUUGCUUACUGCUGGUUGUGAGUUCUAGGUAUUGUUUCAGUCCACAUGUUUUUUUUUUUUAUUUUCUCUCUCUCUCUUCAAUAGUUCUGUGGUUUCAUGUAAGCAGUUAAUGUAAAUAUUGUUAGCAUUACAAGUCAUGCAGUGCUGUAACAUUUCUUCUUAAAUGUUGCACCUACUUUACAAUUAAAAAAUUGGUCACUCAUACUUGAA